CAAGCCACCCCCACCAAUGGCGUCCCCGCGAACCCACCCCCUCCCGACCCCACCAUGCUUCCCCACGGCCCCACUCGUCUGACCCUAACCCCAACCUCACCUCUCCCACCCCGCCGUCUCGGUCUCACCUCGCCGCGCCGGGACCCAAGACCAGACCCAAUCCCCUAAAACCGGCCCCAAACCCUAGCGCCGCCGCCAUGCUGCGCCGCCUCGCCUCCGCCGCCGCCCCGCGGGCCUUCUUCUCGCCCUCCCCGGCGGCGGGCCACGCCCCGCGCCGCGAGUACGGGCUGGUCCCCAUGGUCAUCGAGCACACCUCCCGCGGGGAGCGCGCCUACGACAUCUUCUCCCGCCUCCUCAAGGAGCGCAUCGUCUGCAUCCACGGGCCCAUCGCCGACGACACGGCCUCGCUCGUCGUCGCGCAGCUGCUCUUCCUCGAGUCCGAGAACCCCGCCAAGCCGAUCCACCUCUACAUCAACUCCCCCGGCGGGGUCGUCACCGCGGGCCUCGCGAUCUACGACACCAUGCAGUACAUCCGCUCCCCGGUCACCACGCUCUGCAUCGGCCAGGCCGCCUCCAUGGGCUCGCUGCUGCUCGCCGCCGGCGCGCCCGGCGAGCGGCGCGCGCUGCCCAACGCCCGGGUUAUGAUCCACCAGCCGUCGGGCGGUGCCUCCGGGCAGGCCUCCGACAUUGCGAUCCAGGCCAAGGAGAUCCUCAAGGUGCGCGACCGCCUCAACAAGAUCUACGCCAAGCACACGGGCCAGGCCAUCGACCGCAUCGAGCAGUGUAUGGAGAGGGACAUGUUUAUGGACCCAGUGGAGGCGCACGCCUGGGGGCUCAUCGAUGAGGUCAUCGAGCACCGCCCAAUUUCACUCGUUUCUGAUACCGUGAGCAGCGAGCCGCCGAAGAACGCCGGAGGAGGGGAAAACAAGGGAACAGAGGAGCCGUCUCCAGCUUGAUGGGUGGUUGCAAGGUGCAAUCCUUUUUGCGUUCCUGUAGCUGUCUCGUUGGAUUUCAACAUUCAAUGCUUAAUUCUUACAUAAGGUUACAACUUGUUAUUCUGCGGCAGACGGUUUAUCACUAGCUAAGCUGAUGUUUUGCUACUUGCAUUAAUCUGCUGCUGAUGAUGGAUGCAAUCCUUGCUUGCUUACUUAUAGCCAUAUCACAGUUGACGUUAUGUUUGUCUGAAAUCAAGGUAGCCCAACACAAAGGAUAAAUGCGGCAUGUUUACAACAGUAGGCACAUUUUUUGUUGGCCUAUUGGAGCAAGUUGGGAAUGGUAUAAAACAAAUUUCUAAUUGGUGAUUCU